AUGUCUUUUUUGUUUAAGAGAAAUCCUCGUACCCCCCAAGAAGUGGUGAGAAGCUUGAAUGAACAGAUCUCGAAGAUCGAUUUAACCAACGAUAACCACAAAAAGUACCAGGAUGAUUGUGCACGGUUUUUAAAGCAAAUGAAGGUGAUUUUGAAUGGUGACGAUGAAACAGAACCACAACCUGACCAAAUCACCUUGCUCGCGCAAGAGAUCUAUCAAACUGACUGUUUGUAUUACUUGAUAACUAACUUGUCCAAGUUGAAUUUUGACAGCAGAAAGGAUGUUUCUAUACUAUUUCUGAAUCUUUUACGGCGCAAGAUUGGUAACCAAUCGCCUACAGUUGAUUACCUUAUCAAUUCUAAACCCGAAAUCAUAAUGUUGUUGAUUAAAGGUCAAGUCCAUCAUGAAAUCGGGUUGAUUUGUGGAUCUAUAAUCAGAGAUUGUAUUAAGUUCGAGGUGAUAAAUAGCUUGAUUAUCGCAAGUAAGGUCUUUUGGAAUUACUUCGGUUAUGUCCAGAGCGAUAUCUUUGAAGUUGCCACCGAUUCUUUCACUACUUUACAUGACUUGUUGACAUUGCACAAAAAGCUUGUAUCGGAAUUUUUGACCAGUAACUACGACCAGUUCAACAAAAAUAUCAACCAGUUGAUCCAGCUGAAAAACUAUGUGGUCAAACGUCAAAGUGUGCGGCUUUUGAGUGAAUUGGUAUUGACCAGAACAAACCAGAACUUUCUUAACAGGUAUUUUGAUGAUACAAUAAACUUGAAAGUAGUGAUGCUUCUCCUCAGUGAUAAACUGAAAAACCUACAAAUCGAAGGAUUCCACAUUUUCAAAUUUUUUAUUGCCAAACCUAAAAAGUCCCAGAAAAUCAUGGAUAUCUUAAUCAAAAAUAAGUCCAACUUUAUCGAGUUUUUGGAAAAGUUUGACUUAUCAAGCCUCAACGACUCCACCAUUAUCGAUGAAAAGGAUUAUGUGUGGAACGAAAUCAAGAAAUUGCCUGAAAUCGAAAGAUUAUAA